AUUAACAUGUAUUCCUCAUAUUAAUUAUUCAAGAUAUGAAACCCCUAAUGAGUUUCUAGGCAAAGUGUUCAAGACGUUGAAAACUAUAAAUAUAAUGAACCACAAUUGAAGCCUAAAACUUUCACAAUCAAACUCUGCAAGAUCUGAAAAAUCCUUCCAAACUUACUAAUCAGUCGUAAAUCACAAUCACAACUACUUCAGACAAUAUGCGCGGCCACGUAACCAACGAGAUGGAUGUCGUAGGAGCAUCAGCUGAUGAGAUUUGGGCAGUCUACGGUUCCAAAGAUCUUCCUAAGCUCAUCAUCACCCUUUCACCAGGUGUUUUCGAGAAAAUCGAUUACAUCGAAGGUGAUGGAGGACAGGGUACCAUCUUACAUAUCGUUAUGGCUCAAGGAAUUCCAGAGCCACGUGAAUGGAGAGAAAAGUUUGUGAGAAUUGAUAACUGUAGAAGGGUGAAGCAGCUUCAACAGAUUCAAGGAGGAUAUCUUGAUAUGGGAUUUUCUUUGUACAAAGUUACAUAUGAAAUCCUACCCAAGGACAAGAAUUCUUGCAUCAUUAGGUCAACUGUCCAGAUUGAUCUUGAUGACAAGAAUUUCGAAGCAAAUGCUCGUCUUAUCACCGUUGAUGCUAUGUGGGGUAUGGCAAAAGCAAUCGUCAAAUACGUACUUGACAACAAAGCUAAGCAGCAGUAAAAUCUUUAAUGGAAUUUAUGGUCGCCGUUUUGGUGUUUAUCAUGUAUUAAAAUGGAGUAUGUUAUGUUUGGGGCAUGUGCCCCUUCCAAACAUCUUUCUUUUUUGUUGUAUUAUUAUUUUUUCCUGUUAAAUAGUGAAAAAUGUAAUUUCUAUGCUGUUGUUGUUAAUGCGAAUCGGCUUCAGGUAA